UUCCAUCAUUUUUGAUGUCUGACCAAGCAUCGAAGGCUACCGGCGGCGAUAAAACAGCGGAUGAUACCACCGAAGGAGUAGUCACCGUCUGCGUAGAAAAAGAAGGUGAUUUAGAGUUCUAUAAAAAGUCAAAAUGCCAUAACUAUUAUUUCAUGCUGAGUGGUGGUGGUCUCUACUACAAGUCUAAAUCGAAGGAUACAGAGCUGAAGGGGAUUAUUAAGCUCCAGACCGCGACCGUCAACUACCCAGCAAAGAAACCGGUCUCGUGGGAGCUGGUCGUCAAACCUAAGCAGUACACUUUCUCGGCUAGCAAUGAAGAAGAAGCGAAGCAGUGGGUCAACGCCAUAACCGCCAAUUGCGGCAAAAAACUGGGUGACGUAGACUUGGGCAAGAAAAAGCAAAGCCGCUCCAUGGCUUUUAAAAAGAACAUUGUAGGAAAGGCUUCGUCCAGCUCCUUCUUGAGGACAGUAUUGGCGGAGCUGUCAAAAGACGACACCUUCGCUAUGUACAUGAAACAACUGAAGAGAACCAUCGCAUUGUACUCGGGUCGAAAAAAAGAAGAAGAAAUAGAGGGAAAAAUUUAUCAUAUACUGACAAAAAUUGUGUUGCUCUACCAAAACGGGGAUUUAUUAGAGCAAGAUUUUGAUGAGCUAUUCACCGUACUCAGGGACAGUCUAUCUCUGAAUAUCGACUACCUUGAGUUGCCCUUCGCCUUCGAAGCAAAAAAUAUAUCGAAUUACUGGAUCACCAUUAUAGAUUUGACCGUGAGACUUAUCAGUAAUUACGUGACAGACAAAACGAUCAGUGAGAUGAGAGAGCUAUGUAAGUACCUCUCUGAUGAGUCCUUUCAAACUUUCCUCUUUACCGAUCCGAAGUGUGCAGAUAUAAGAGAGAAGAUGAAAGCGGUAUUUCGCUUAAGCUGGAAAAACUUUGAUAGGAACAAGGAAUAA